CGACAACACAGCCACGGAACGACACGGACGACGAUGGCGAGGCGCGAGGUGAAGCGGGUGAACGGGGAACUGUUCACCAUGACCUACGGCGCGCUUGUGGCGCAGCUGUUGGAGGACUACGAGAGCGACGACGAAGUCAACAAGCAGCUCGACAAGAUGGGUUACAACAUUGGCGUUCGCAUGGUGGAUGACUUUAUCGCCAACACAAACACAGAGCGCUGUGGAUCCUUCAAGGAAACAUGCACAACUCUGGCAAAGGAGGGCUUCCGGAUGUUCUUGGGCGUGACGGCGACCAUUUCCAACUGGACUGCCGACGACAAAGAGUGCACCCUGACCAUUGACGAUAAUCCUCUCGUGGCCUUUGUUGAGCUUCCGGACGAGCACCGUGAACUCAACUACUGCAACAUGUAUUGCGGCGCAAUACGCGGCGCCCUUGAGCUGUUGCAAUACCGCACCCGGGUGACGAUGACGAAAGAUGUGCUGAAAGGAGACAAGGACACACAGCUGACCAUCACACUGCUGGAGGUCCUGGACGACGUCCCUCCGCCCGAGGACUAAACCACCCGCCGUCACCACUACUCACACGCUGUGUGUGUGUGUGUGUGUGUUUGUCUGUGUGAGAAAAAGAGAGGGAGAGAGAGAGAGAGAGAGAGAGAGAGAGAGAGAGAGAGAGAGAGUGUGUGUGUGUGUGUGUGUGUGUGCGAAAGAGUGUGUACCCUUUCUUUCCUUCGCCUGGCGUUGUUGCCUUUUAGUGAAAACCUUUCCAUAAAUUUCCACAACCACUGCC